UAGGAAACAUAUGGAAAAUAUUGGUACGGGUGUACCUGUGUCCUUCCAGAAAACACCCCGCACAAGAGUUGGGGAUGAAAUGCUUGAUCACUUCUUGGAUUUCAUCACAUCCAAUCACAUUGUGAAAGAUUUGCCAUUUGGGGAAAAAACAUUGGUACUUACCUCAGGGGAGAUAAUCCAGACACCAAAUGUGAUAAGGAGCAUUGCACCUGCAGCAAUUGUGCAACAAUACACACAGCUUUGUCAUGAGGAAAACAUGAAAUGUUUAGGUACAAGCACAAUGUACAAAAUUUUGAACGACUGCAGUGCCUCGGUACGCCAGUCAGUGGAAGGCCUGGAUUAUUAUGUAGCUGAGGGAGGACAGGCAUUUAAAGUACUUGAAAAUAUAGUGCAGCAACUAGAUUUCACCUUAGAGGAGAAGCAAAUAACACUGAAGAGUUUGGUAUCAGCAAAACACUACUUAAAAACAGACUUCAAGCUGCAUGUGAAGGCAUCUUCAUCCACACCAGACCAUUGUUGUACCUUUGCCCUGAGUGAAGGAAGUGGGUGUUAUAGUCAGAGUUGCAUCAACCAUACUCAUACAGAUGGCUGCAGUGAAUGCUCUUCAAUGGAUGAAACCUUACAAUUCAUCACAUAGAAGACAGAGGAAAGACAUUAGGACAAUCCAGAGGCAAUCAUU